CGAUGAAGUACCAUUAACUAGCUGGUUUGGAGCCGCACGUGGAGGGGGCCAGCAGCUCAAAGACCACUCGCGACUUUAGCUGGAACGGAAGCAUGCUGUCCUCGACGAUCAAGAAUUCGGUGCGCAAGGCCGCUGUGGCCCCCACGCUGACGCGCGGCAUGGCGGCGGCCGCUUCGUCCACGAAGGAGGUGGAAGAAAUUGGCGGCUUCGGCCAGAUGACGCAGCCCAAGCUGCAGCUUUUCGGUCUGCACGCCCGCUACGCCAACGCCCUGUACAGUGUGGCUGCCAAGCAGAACCAGCUCGAGUCCGUGGAGAAGGAGCUGUUGACUAUUGAGGAGACGAUCGCCAAGGAGCCCAACUUCGCCUCGUUCCUGCACGAUCCCACCAUUGCCCGUGCCUCCAAGAAGGAGGAUAUCGCCAAGGUCAUGGAGAAGGCCAAGUUCUCCAAGCCCGUGGCUGGACUUUUCGAGGUGCUUGCCGACAACGGCCGUCUUCCGGACGCUGCUGGCGUAAUCGCUGCGUUCAAGAAGCUCAUGGGCGCCUACCGCGGCGAGGUGCAGGCCAAGGUGACGUCGGCUGACCCGCUGACCAAGGCUCAGCUGGACCAGGUCAAGAAGGCCCUCGGUGCUCGUGUGGAGAAGAACGAGAAGCUGCUGCUGGAGACGGUUGUGGACCCGGAGAUCCUGGGCGGCCUCAAGGUGCAGAUCGGCAACUACUUCAUUGACCUGUCGCUCGCCACCAAGAUCGACAAGAUCAACACAUUGCUUGCCAACUCGAGCCAGCAGUAAGUCAGUUUCCCGACAAGCAGGGUCACGGGUGAACGUCGAGUAGCUAUGCGUGGGACGUAGUACAGCGUCUUGCCGGAUAUCAUUCUUCCCCCACGUGUUUGUAGCAACGUAUUUUCACUCGCGUUCGCAGCAAAGCAGCAGAGCUAACCCGGGGGCCAGCGACUAAAUGAACAACUUACAGCGGAAAUUGAAUGAGCUUGGUGUCCCCGUUCCGUGUUGAUAGUGUUGGUCUGAAAUGUGUCAGUGUUCCUAUGUUUCAUUCCUGGUAGCUCUGUGUCAGCUUUUUCAGGCAGUGAUACGAAAAAUAUGAGCACGAAAUGAAGCCGAAACA